AAACACGUGUUUUUUUUAUAGUAUAUAUAUGGGAAUUUUUUUUUAAAUCGAUAGUUUUUUGUUUUGGAUAUAAUUUCAGGUUCCUGUGGUUAUUUAAUACAACCAGAAAGCAUGACAAAUUGACUGGAUUAAAUACAUGUAGAUGAAGAAUUACGGCGUAUUUAGUGAAGAUAUUAUAACAAAGUAAAGACAUUGUAGGAUAAGACUGAGCUGGUACGAUGGCUGAAGUAGACGGUCGUUCAACUAUAACUGACAUUGACAUUGUUUGUACCCCUUGUUUUGAGGGUGAUAUUAGAGAACAAGCUGUGAAAUAUUGUCCUGAAUGUCAGGAGUUUUUAUGUACAGGAUGCACUCAACACCAUGGAAGACAGAGGUUGAGCCGUUCCCAUAAGCUUGUAGACAAGAACGAAGCAAAACAAGGGUCACAUGUGACCGUGACAGCAAAAUGUUUAUAUCACCCAGAUCGUGACAUAGAGAUGUACUGUAAAGAGCAUGACAUGGUUUAUUGUUUAAAGUGUAUUGCUACAGACCAUAGGUCCUGUAAGGGAGUGACAGGUUUAGACGACUUAUCAGUUUCUACUGAUCAGAAAAAAGAAACAGAACGUUUAAAGGCUGACAUUGUGAACAUCCAAGACCGUUUAGAAAAUACUGAUAAGAAAACGAAAACAAACAUGAAAUGCAUAGAGGAACAAAGAAAUGAAGUCAUUUCGCAAAUAGAGGGAAUUGCGCGCGGUUUGGUAGAACAUAUCCAGAAGUUGGAGCGUGAAGCUUUAGAAGGUCUAGAUGCGGAAUAUUCUUUGGUCAAAGGAGAACUGAAGACAAAUAUGUCUAAGUUAAGUAAAGCUAAAAAAGAAAUUGAGCAAGUAGGAAGCAAGCUACAAGACUUGGACAGUCUGGAUAAAAUACAACAAUUUGUUCAGACAAAACUGAUACAACAAACUUUAAACGAUGCAGUAAAAAUGUUUGAACACAAUGAAGUAAAAGGCAGUCAGUCAUUGUAUUUAAAGGAUACAGACUUAAAGUCCUCUGUCAGUUCAUCAACAUUUCUAGGAUAUGUACUUAGGAUAACAGAAAGCAAAGGUUUGCUGACAUCAAGGACGUAUAAAGUUAGUUCACAGAAGGAGGAAAAUAUCCGCAUGAAAAACGACAAGAGCAAUCCCUACAUUUGUGAUGUAUGUCAGCUUGCAGACGGUACAAUCAUACUGGCUGAUAACAGUAAUAUGAGGAUAAAGAGGCUUGAUGUGAAUUAUAACAUUAAAGAUUGUUUUGAUCUAGGAUCAUAUACUACAGGUAUCUGUUGUACUGGUAAUACUGAGGUCGCUGUGAAACUGCACAACAGCAAAGUUUGGUUUAUAUCGGUAGGGAGCUCAUUAUCUAAGGUGAGAGAUAUAUCUGUUACAGGUGGAUGUCACUGGGGAAUGACAUAUUGUGCUGGAGAGUUGUGGGUAUCUCCUGGGAACUGUGUAAAUGUAUACAGUAUGUCUGGUACAUUAUUAAAUUAUUUCGGUAGUGAGGUCAAUGGUCAACGCAUAUUUACAUCUAAACAACAAAUGACCGUCAGCGGAGAGAAUGUUUUUGUAGCAGACUCACGUGAUGGUGUUGUCUGUUUGACAAGAGAUGGUACGGUGAAAAGAGAACUGAGAGAUAAAAGGCUUGCUGACACACGUGGUGUAUGUGUAUCCAAUGACGGGACUGUGUUUAUUUCUGGGUAUAGCUCUCAUAACAUCAUGAUGUUUGAUAACGAUGGAAAAUGCCUCCGAGAAUUAGUUUCUAAAGAUUCCGGUCUAGUAAAACCACUAUCAUUAUUGUUCGAUGACAAGAGAAACUGUUUAGUUGUUGCAUGCUAUUCUGGCAAAAUUAUAGUUUAUUUUAUCUGACAAUUUUAAUAUAGUGUGUUUUUUGUUGUUAUAUUGUACAUAGAUUUAAAAUGCAUUAGAACAUGUGGAGAGAAAGAGUUACAGUUAUAUGAUUAAACAUAUCAUAUUCAACGGUCAGCAUCUACAAACAUUUACAUUCCAUAUUAAUGUAUGAUGAUAACACAAUACUUAAUGUGUUACUGAUAUUCAAUCAAUACCAUAUGUAGAGCUUUGCUAUGCUAUCCAGCUGUUGGUUUUGAUGUCCAGUUUAUGUUAUUUAUGUAUAGAUUACAAAAACAUUGACAGCGUAUUUUUGUACAUACAUAUUGGCUAUAAAAAUCAUGGUAGAUUGACAGUGUUUCCACAUGUGUUUGUUUAAAAAAUCUAUUUAUCACUUUGUGUCAAUAUUUAGAUUUAUUUGCUUAUUGAACAGUAGCUUGUUUAUAAAGAAGUCAUUUAUAAAAUGAUGUUAGUGCUUUCCCCCUUUUUUAUGAAAAGAAAAUAAUGCGAAAUAAAUCCAUCCAUCAAUAAGA